ACUUUUCAACUUAUCACUUAUGUUUUAUAUUUUGUUCUGAGCCAGUUGAAAUGUCAAGUCAGUUGAAAUGUUUUUUAUUUUUGUUAGCUUUGAAAAUUACUGCUUAUGCUUCAGAAAAUCCUCCAAACAUCGUCUUCAUUGUGGCUGAUGAUUUGGGUUGGAAUGAUGUUGGUUUUCAUGGCUCGCGUGAGAUACCCACACCAAACAUUGAUGCCCUGGCUUAUUCUGGAGUAAUUUUGAACAACUAUUAUGUGCAACCCAUCUGCACACCAUCUCGUUCUGCAAUCAUGUCUGGCUUGCAUCCUAUUCAUACAGGCUUACAGCACUGUCCAAUAAAAGCUUCUAGUCCGUAUGGUCUACCACUGGACAUGAAGAUAUUGCCACAGUAUAUGAAGGACUCAGGCUACAUUACACGAGCUGUUGGAAAGUGGCACCUUGGUUUCCAUCACAAAGAAUUUACUCCUACAUUUCGAGGUUUUGAGUCGCAUUAUGGAUAUUGGUCCAACAAAAUCGACUAUUUCAACCUCACAGCUGAUGAAGAUGGCCGCAUGUGGGGCUAUGACUUCCGUCGGGACAUGAACAUUGAUCAUGAUGCAUAUGGUAUCUAUGCUACUGACCUGUUCACCACGGAGGCCUUGUCGAUCAUCAGCUCGCACAAUACGAGCAGGCCGCUGUUCCUGUACCUCGCGCACUUGGCGGUGCACUCGGCAAACCCAUACGCCCCUCUGCAGGCACCCCAAGCCUAUGUUGAUCGAUUCUCCUACAUCAAGGAUGAGAGGAGACGCAAGUUUGCCGGGAUGCUCACCAAGCUGGACGAGUCAGUGGGUGCUGUGGUGACGGCGCUGCGAGAUCGCAAGAUGUUCGACAACACCGUGAUCGUCUUCACCUCCGAUAACGGCGGACCAGCGGGAGGCUACAAUAACAACGUCGCCUCCAACUGGCCGCUCAGAGGGGUGAAGGCAUCGAUGUGGGAGGGCGGGGUGCGUGGAUCAGCCUUCGUGUGGGGGCCGGAUUUCAUCCGCCAACCUCCAGGCACCGUGUCUGAUCAACUCUACGCCAUUGAGGACUGGCUUCCCACACUCUACGCCAUCGCUGGAGGCAAUGUGAGUCACCUACCGCCGCUGGACGGCAUCAACAUCUGGCCAAGUGUGAGCGCUGGCGUGCCGGUGUCCCGCCAGCAUCUCCUGCACAGCAUUGACCCCGUCUUCCACGGCGCCGCCGUCAGGAGCGGCGACUGGAAGCUUUUGUUCAACGCGUCAGGCGAUGGGGCGUCUUGGGACAAGUGGUUUGGUCCUUCGGGCCGCAACGAAACCGCCCCUGAAACUGAAUUGUCGCUUCUAAUUCAGAAAAUAAAGGACAGUCCCGCUGGGGUCGCGGUGCUGGAGAAAAAUCCAGACGCCCUCAACAACAUCACACUCACCAGGAACGCGGCUAUGAUAAAUUGCACGGCCGCGCCCGAUGAACCGAGUUUCGUAUGCCGAGGUCAGAACAUCAGCGACGCUUGCCUGUUCCAUAUUUCGUCCGACCCUUGUGAGCUGAAAGACGUCGCUUCAGAACAACCUGACGUAGUGAAGAUGCUGCUUCAGCUGUUUCUGCAGUAUAACAGCACUGCCGUGCCCAUACUCAACAAGGCUUCAGAUCCCAACGCCGACCCUAAGUUUUGGAACUACAACUGGAUUAACUGGCUUGACUUUCCACCGCCACAUGGUGUAAAUGCAACUGAGACUGCAGUCUUUGGACAGCCAAAUAAAUUUUUGUAAUGGAUUUUAUCCUGGCGAUGUUAGGUUUUCUUUAGCUAAAAUUGCUGGUGGAUUAACUUUGUUGAGUUUCACGAUAUUUAACUGGGAGCGUUUGUUUUUUUUCUUAUAUGCGAUGCUCCUAUAGAGCUUAAAAAAAAUCUGGUAGAGUUUUGUGUUAUCUAUGUUGGUAAAAACCUCACCAAUAAUAGUGAGGUUUUUGUUUAUAAUUAUACAAUUAAAGGAACCGUAUGUUUGGGGCUGGUUCUGCUUCCUUAUUAAGUUUUACUUGUGGGGCCAAGUAAAUGUAGGGUUUUUGGGGCCAUUUUGUGUUUAAGAAAAAUUCUUUGAUUAUCUAUUUCAGUAGCAGUACCACUUCUCCAAUCAUUGUAUACUUCAUAUUAAAAUUUCAAAGACCUGCUCA